GACGCUACGAGCCACUCCCCCCCUAAGCAAGUAACACUUCUGCAAUUCUCAAAGCAGCAGCUAGCUCAACAUCAGAAGAAAGUUGUGGGCACCAGGUUUCAGCACAGUCAUGUCUGACAAAAAGAAGAAAAAGAAACCAGCCAAGAAGGCAGCCAAGCCAGCAGUUUCAGAGAAGAUAGCAGCCAUAAGUGGAGAGACAAUGCUGCUGUUUCUGGACAGGGUGUUGCAAUGGCUGCAAGGAUCUAUGACUUAUGGACGCGUUGUGAACCUCUUCACUAUGUUUGACAGUGACGGAGACAAUCUGCUAUCAGCAGAGGAUUUCACUGUGGCCAUGAGAAUGAUGGAGGUUCCAGCAACAAGAGCGGAAAUAGAUUCCCUCAUAACAAUCAUUGAUCCACAAGGCAGUGGAAGUGUGAAUAUUCUUCAGUUUGACAAGAUCAUUUCAGACUACAGACGCAAGUUGCAGCAAGCAGCUAGUGAUGCUGAUGAUGAUGACCUCACUGCACAGUCAGCCAAAGAACUCACAUUCUCUCCGAGUAGAGUCACUGUCAAGUGCAGCCGCUGUGGGAUCGGUGUAGCAGGGCCCCCAAGAGAAAAGCACGCCAGGUACAUCAAGCUGAAGAUGGUACUAGCUCCAUUCAAAGGCAACCUGAAACACCCUGGCCAUUUUGAGCACGAGGUUACAGAAACAACGACCAUCCACGGACUGAAAUGCCUCAUCCAGAACCACUUGAAUGAUAGUGCCAACUCACUGGCACUGUUCAGAGAGAGCAGGUGCAGUAAAGACUCUUAUCUAGACCCUGCCUGGUGUUUGGAACACUGUGGCAUUGCUGGCGGGACUAAAGAUGCUCCAAACUCAGCAGAAGUAUUUUACGAUUAUUUUCCUAUCGCUAAUGGUUGCCCUAUAUUGAUGGACGACAGUCAUAUACCAGACCUAUAA